AUGGCCUUCCACGGCGCCCUCCUGGCCCUCCUGGCGCUCAUCCCCGCCAAGAUCGCCUCCGGCGCCAUCGCCUGUCGCGAGGUGCCCUCAGAUGCCAGGCCGCUGGUUAUGCUCGAGCGGCCGUUCGAGUUCGGCCCCCGCGGGGGCAUCUCCUUCGAGCUCACGGGCCUGGCGCUCCGUCUUUCGGGCGCGCCAAAUUCAUCGGACUCCACAUUCCUCACAGAGGCGGCCACUCUGGCCCGCAUGGGCGUGGUGGCGGUACCAGAGCGCCGAGAGGCGUUCUCUUGCCCCUUCUACGCGUCCCGCCCCCCGGGAUGCCCGCUGGCCUCCGCGGGGGUGUCGGUGCUGUUCCGGUUCGACGUCCCUGAGAUCGCGCGCCAGGUGUCGGGGCGAGAUCCAGGAGUGGGGUUCCGGACGACGGUGUCGGCGCCGAGCGGCGAGCACGCGCUGUACUUCGCCAACUGCGCGGCGGGCACGGAGGCGUCGUUCCGGGUGACCGUCUCGGAGUUCAACGGGCGGGAGGGCGGCGGGGUCCGGUACCUUUCCGCGGGAGAUGCGGGCUUCCCGGAGCUGUUCAUGUUCUUGUCGCUGGCCUUCUCUUUCCUCGCCGCGUGGCGGACCACCCUCUGGCGCCGCGACCACCAGGGAACGCGCCCGCUCCAGGCCUCCGUCAUCCUCCUCGCCGCGUCCAAGGCGCUGCACUGCGGGGCGCAGGCCGGGUAUCUGCGGUCCGUGGACGCCGCCGGGACACCCGGCCCGUGGGCGCUUCCCCUCUACGCCUCCGAUCUCUGCAACCGGCUGCUUUACGUCACCGUCCUCGCCCUGUAUACUACAGCUGCGCCCCGCCCAGGGCGCGCUCUCCUGUGGCUCAUCUCCUCCGCCGCAGCUUGCUUUCACAUUUUCACUGUGGCAAUGCUGAUCGCAUCGAAGGAAAUUUCGCCCGUGCGCCACUGGUGUGACGCAGUUACAUUCGCUCUCUGCGACCUGGACCUGUUGAGCUACGGUUUGGCCGCCUACCCCCUUGCCCUGGCUACCGUGGGGACUGGCAAAGGCGCCGCGAAGGACAGGCGGUGGGUAGAGACCACAACGGUUCUCUGCUCGCUUUACUCCACGGUGUCCGCCUACACGGCGGUGACUUUCAUCGCGCUGCCCUACACCCUGGCCAAUCUGAAGUGGCUGGAGGGUCUUGGGGCGCCCCCGGCGGUCGGCCCCGUCAUCCGAGCUCUGAGGGCGGUGUCCACGGUGGCCAUCCACGUUUACAUUGCGUAUGUCGCCCGCUGGAAAUUUGAGACAACGUCAGGCUCGUGGCCGGACUGCGGUGCCGCCCAGCCGCUGCUGCGACGCCUUGCGAAGGAGAAGGGCCCGAGAGCACAUG